AAACGACGCCACCGAUGGUUUAUUAUGGCACGUUCACUCGCCGCAAUCUAGCUCUGCAGUUGUCGAUCACUGAUGGCUCUUCCUCCUGGUGUGAACGGUCCUAUUCAUGUCUGCCGACGCUUGUUCGGGGAAGUCACCUGUAGCAAAGUACAACAAACUUUAGAGGCUAUUAUCCGCAAGGAUACGGAACGUUUCACCAAGAUUUGGAACUUUCCCCUCAUCGCUCGAGGAGAAGAUCCAAGGCAACCUUUGUCCCACAAAAAUCAAGACGCCGUUACUGAGGUUAGGAACACUGAUGCACUUGGUGUGCCCCAGAUGAAUUGGCAACUCAUUCAACCCGAGGCCUCCUUCUAUACAACUCCACCUCGCCGACUGAAAGCGUAUCGUCGACUAACCCCAUCUGUGGCACGGAAAACUCAAAUGGAACUCUUGAAUCUUCGAAACGGCUUUAAUCGACAUCCAGUGAACGAUGAAGUCGUGAGGCAGUUGCAUCCGGCUGAGGAAAACACAGAAGAGAAACAAAACACUGCUGUUGAACUUAAUCAGCCACUUCGAAACGCAGACGUCCCGCCAUGCUCCGUCGCUGCCUCCGCGAAACCAAACACACCUCGAACUCCGAUACUCGUACGAACAUUAGGCCCUGAUGGCUGCUUGCAUUCUCCAUACUUGGGUCAAGUAAUGGUUUCUGGAACACUCAAUCCUGAACCCUCUGCAGCUGCUCCUACUUCAACAGCGACCAGGCACUGUCUUACUUUGGUCCGAGGUCCACGUUAUUCGGAACAAUCACAUAAACGAGGCUCUGCCAAAGUGACUGAUUACUUUAAGAUUCGCAAACGAUUGCGAACUUCCUUGAAGUAGCACAACGCAGUCGCCAUUGUAGCGUCGACGGUAAGUUUACCAUCAACGAACUCGUGGCAUAUUAAUAGUAAAUAUUUCGUAUUAUGUGUAUUACGUGCGUAUCAUUAGCACUUAGCUGGAGGUCUCACUAGGCCCAGUGUCCUAGAGUAAACAGACUGAUUUGCUUUUUGCAUGUGCCAGAGUACUCACCUUUCAAAAUAAGGAACAUCUGUAUUAGGCGACACUGACGGUAGAUUCUUUCCGUUUUUAGCAUAAAUCACUUCUGACCAGCGAGAACCGGAUGCGCCUUAUUUGUUCAUUAGCUCCCUAUCCAGCACUUAACUUCUCAGCUGCCAUAUACAGCAGUCCAUUUGACAGCAACCCCAACUGUUUUUUCUCAGAAACAUCCUCGUGCCACCUUUAAAGAAAAUGAUUGAUGUUCCAAAUGCUUAGCAAAUACAUCACGCACGGUCGUCUGACCUAGUUCCCUUGAUGUAUCACAAAAGAGCUGCGUUAUUUAUCUCGACCUCUAUCUGUUCGUGUCUUAUGCCUCAUUCAAACGCCUCGGUUCUGUCAGCAAGUGCGUAGUGUCCCUAUCCCACAUUCCCGUCCAGGCUUCACCCUCGUGGAAUGCCGUAUGGUGGAUGCCACGUGCGUUGACUCACUCGGGUCUGUCUAUCAGACCAGAUCUCUCCUCCCGCCUUACAGGCACGUGAUUAUUUGGGCGCGUGUUAGACGGAGAAAACAAUGACGGAAACGCGCGCGCAUGUGUGCGUCCGGAAUGCCUUUACCCCCUCUUCUCAUUUCUUACCUCCGCUACCCCACCCGAGUGCGUCGCCCCAGUGGACCGAACCUCAUCCACUAUCCUGCUGGGCGAGGGCACAUCCGGUUUGCGUCUUAAUUAAGUGCACCGUAGCUUACCCCAGCCGUCUCCCUCAUUGUUCACCGCUCCACCCUAGCCGAGCUUGCUUCCACUCUUGACCUCGUUAUGCAUGCAAGCUCGCUAGCUUUGCGCGGCAUAAAUUUAAUUAAAGGGCUCUCGGCUGGCUUAGAUAGACAGUCAACUGCUGGUUGCAUUUCCUAAUCUUGCUUCAUCCCCUUUCCAUAUGCUGACUCAUUUACGUCCGUGCCAUGGGGUUUUAGAACGAGCAAGAGCGUUACUCACAGCCCAUUGUGUGUCAGUCCAACCGAAGUGGAGCGCGGGCACUUUCAAAGGGACCGUCUGGUGAAAAGAGUUCGCUCUGCGUUUCUGCUUGCUCCGUCGUCGAUUGGUGUUCGGAGCUUGUGAGGAUAGUCUGCGUUGCUUAUCUCAAAACGAUGCCUAUUGAAUUUGAACAUGAGAACCGUAGACCGCAAUAAAGCGUUGACAUCAGCUACAGACCCCACCUAUCGACCUCAUCAAGUAUGUGCAGUUUGACCUGGAUUCGCAGCGGUGACUUCAGGUCUGCCAACUACAUGCCUUAACAACGCCACUGCUCUAAUUUAGUGAGUAACGCUUACGACGAACAAUGGAUCUACAUUCUCCGCUUACAGUAGUCUUUUACGUUCGUCUAACCACCUGCGCUCUCUCAGUUGAUCAGCAAUACCGGUAGGAAUUGCAGUUUAGUAUCAGGGCUUGGUCAAUGUCGCAUAUGAAGCCCGGAUGUUAAUUGUGAUUUUAGUUGCUAUGUCCAACCGAUGUUUCGCUCGCGAGCAUCUCAGUCGAAUCUGAUGUCCAACCGGACAUGUCCUCGGCAGGUGGGGGCAUCUAAUUGUCACUAAGGCCCAGAUUUCGAUGACGGCCCUCAUAAGUGUGACCCUCAGUUUAGCCUUGGAAACUGGGAGGUCGUGAUAAACGAAUGUAGCUCGUCUGAUUUGGCACAGGAUACAGGAAAAAGUGAAUAUUGUUUAUACUUGAGUACCCCGAUAGUGAUUCAUAAUUCGAAGACAAAAGAUUGCCGUAGUUCUCACUCUGCUUUUCCUUUUAUUUUUUUUCUUUAUCCUUCAGGAGCCGCGGAGGUACUAGCAUUUACGUUGGUUGCGCGACCAUGUUUUGUCCAGCUUGCUGCGUCCGUUAUCGAUUGUACUGGUUGCUGUCGUUCCGUUCCGUUCCGUUCCGUUGGCCACUUGGCUGUGACGUUGUCCCAACCAAACCAGCCCAUCCCACUUGCUGACGGACACGACGUAGAUUUCCAUCCCCAUCCUAUCUCCCUGUGACAUUUUACUCCCGUUGUUUAUUCCAUCCAACCCCACCACCAUAACUGUCGUGUUCGUUCAGCAGUUAUUUUUGUCUAAACAACCAGAUGCCCUUCCUUAUAUACCUAUAAACAUAUACACGCCUC